AAGCGCUGUCUGCCAUGGGAAAGAUUAAAAAGUGCCUCGAUCCCGACAACAUUAUGAAUCCUGGGAAAAUUAUUCCGCGACAAUUCUGCUGCUAAGGCGUCUGUGGUUAUAGAAUGCAAGAAGGCGCACCUUCGAGAGCGUAAGUCCAACAAUGCAUUUUCAUGGUCGCUACGCCUCUGCGGUGUUUCACUCUAGGACAAGCUUGGAAGAUCUGGAGAUGGAGUUACUUCACUCCCGAGCUCGCAUCAACCACCAGAAGAAGAGACUGCGGCAUUGCCAUCGCUGCUCUAAAGGCAUGCGGCAGCUCCAUGGAUCUCACACUUGGGCAGUUCGUCCACGCAGAUACCGUCCAGUUUGGUUUGAGCUGCGACAUUUACGUGGCCACAACACUCGUCGACAUGUACGCGAAGUGUAGAAAUAUGAUCCAGGCACAGCGAGUUUUUGACGCAAUGCAGUCACGCAACGCAGUCGCUUGGACAGCUUUGAUCCUCGGGUAUGCCGAAAAUGGCCAGGGAGAAGUUGGCUUGGAGAUCUUAUCCAAGAUGAGAGACUGCCGCUGCCAGGCCGACUCAACGACGUUUCUCGCGGCUCUCAAGGCAUGCGGCGACAUAGCUGCCAGGGAACAGGGCCGGAAGAUCAAUGGCAGGCUUGUGCGAGAGGAAAGCUUGACGAAAGCUUGCGAAAUCCACGGGCGAGCUGCCGAGGCUGGCUGUGACUCCCACCCCUUCGUCGCCAACAGCUUGAUAAGUUUAUACUCGAGGUGCGGAGGAGUGGAGCAAGCUCUCUCGGUUUUUGAGAAGCUCGAGAAGAAGACGGUGGUCUCGUGGACUGCUCUCAUGCUGGGUUGCGUCGAGAACGGCGAAGCCGAGCUCGCGCUGGAUCUCUUCUCGAGGAUGGACUCGGUCUCGGAUGCUCAGGCCUACGUCGCGGCUCUCACAGCCUGCGCGAGCGUGUGCGAGAAGUCGAGGCUGGAUGGAAGCUCUAAACUCCAGGCACUGGAACGAGGCAUGGCGAUACAUUCCUCUGCCGCUCGCAGUGGCCUCGACUCCACCACCAACGUCUUCGUCUCCAACACUCUGGUGGACAUGUACUCCAAGUGUGGAAGCUUGCUGGACGGCCGCGCGGUGUUCGACCGCAUGAGCUCCCGGGACGUGGUGUCGUGGAACGCGCUGCUGCUGGGAUACGCCGAGAACGGCGAGCCGGGCUUGGCUCUGGAGCUCUUCGAGGCCAUGAAGCAGCAUCACCAUCCUACUGCUCGGACGUUCCUCGCGGCUUUCAUCGCCUGUGGCAACUUAGCGGCACUGCAACUCGGGAGGAGCAUCCACGACGAGCUACGCAGGAACCAUCGCCAGCUCCUCGACAGCGAUCCUUUCCUGGGGAAUUGCAUCAUCGACUUCUACGGGAAGUGCGGCAGCAUGGCCGAGGCCAGGGAGGUGUUCGAGGCGAUGGUGGAGAACAGACGCUGGAGGAAGGACGUGGUGACUUGGGGGGCUCUCAUGGCCGGUUACAGCCACCAGGGGGACACUUCCAGCGUGCUCGAGCUUUUCGAGAAGAUGGUGGCGGAGGAGAGGAUCCAGCCGGACGCCGUGACGUUCCUCUCGAUCCUCACGGUUUGCAGCCAUGCCGGGCUGGUCGACCAAGGUAGGCACUACUUUGCGGAGAUGAGCUCGCGGUAUGGAGUGACGCCCGUCCAGGAGCACUACCACUGCCUGGUGGAUCUUCUCGGGCGAUCAAACCGGCUGGACGAAGCGCUGGCGGUGGUGAGAGCUAUGCCGUUUCCAGCCAGCGUCAUCACCUGGAGCACGCUGCUGGGAGCUUGCAAGAAGUGGAAGAACGCCGAGGUGGGAAAGUUUGCGUUUGAUUCGUGGCUAAGGCUGGACGAGAAGAACGCCACUGCGUAUUUGCUCAUGGCAAGCACCACCUCUUAGAACAAUUGUUUGCUAAUUAAUUCUCGACCGUCAGAUCUCCCACGACUCAAUCGACACCGUGAGUACGUUUGCAAAUUCUUCACCGUCGAUCUCCCGGCACCGUGAUUAAAAUUCUGGUACGUUUGCAAAUUCUCGACCGUUAGAUCUCGCGCUCUUGAGUUGCAAAGGAUAUUCUUUCCCAUUGCAAAGAAUAUUCUGUUUAGACA